CUUGUAUUAACAACACGAAACGUGGAGGAUAAUUGAAUCCAGGAGCAGCUGUCAAGGUGCAAAAGAUUCGUGAUUUGUUUCAUAGGUUUAUGUUUGAAAUUUUUUGGUUUCAUUACAAUACCAGUUUGACAAAACAAUGGUUUUAUUGGAAAAUGAUUCGUUUCUCACAGAGUUGACAAAGCUAUUCCAAAAAUCUAGACUGAAUGGAUCAGUGAGGAUGACAUUCAAGCGAUAUGAUGGCAAUGAUAAACCAAUUCCGAGAGAGGGUAAACCACCACUGCCAGAACCUAGUGAAUACAUGUGUCUAAUAAGAGCACAAUCUAGGUCUAAGAAAAUUGCAACUGUCAUUAACCAAAAGGACAUCAACAAAUUUCAAGUGGCCUACAGUAGUUUAUUAAAGGGAAAUUUGGAUGGACUUAAGAAAGUGAAGAAGAUCAAGACAAAAACAAAAGCUGAAUAAGAUUUGCAUGUCAGUCAACUUCAUAAUUAAUUAAUUUUUGUGUUUAAUUUCUACUGCUUGUUUUUCUUUACUUUAUUAUUACUUUUUUUUAAGUUAAGAGAAUAAAGAUGUUUAUUUUAUUUUUUCGAUCCUUGUUGUCUUCAAAUCAUUUUGACUGAGGGCAUGUCUUCUUCGAGUAGUGGACACAAAAGCCGCCACCUGAUGGGGACGAUCGCAUCAAAUCUGAUGCAGUCGUUUGCACAACCUACCAGCAUUUUGUUCGUUUUAAAACACUGGUCGCAGUUAAUGAUGCACAUGUCUAUGGCGAAUUCCAUUUCCGCCAACUCCGAUGAUGUUGGGUGACCGGUUGAGAAUGCGAAUAUCAUCAUUGACAAAACGGCUAUGAUGGCUUUCACUUCUGGAACAACACAUUAUAUUUUAGCAUCAA